AUGAAGGGUAGCAAGUUCAGCAACACUUUCGAAGAAGCCAUUAACCUUGAUGACGACGAUUUCUUGAACAUUCAUUCAGGUGAAUCAAGUGUUAGUGUCAAUAAGAAAAACAAGUGGAAAGAUGAAAUUUAUGAAGAUAUUGAAGCUGAUCUUGAUGUUAAUGUAAGAAGAAGUGGUAGGAAAAAGAGUAAAGUCAUAAAAAAAAAUGAAGUUCUAAAAGAAACUGAUAAUAAGAAAGGAAUGAAGAAAAGAAAAUCGAAAAGAAAUAAUUUAGUAGAAAAUGAAGAUGUAGUUGUUGAGGACGACAGAAGUAAAGAGUUGCAUAAAAUAAGUUGUCGCAUGUCCCCAAAAUCAAUAUAUAUGGCGGUGAAGGGAAUGUCAUACAGUCAGAAAGAAAUGGUGAGACGAAUGGGUUUUGGUGCGUUCCUCGAUAUAAAGUUAGAUUCAGUAUCUUCUAGAUUGGAUUACUACUUGGUGGAAAAAUUCAGAGCAAAAACAUCCACGAUUAAGACUAAUAAAGGGGAAAUACUUAUUACAAAGAAAACGGUUGAAGAGAUGUUUGGUUUGCCAAGUGAAGGUUUAGACUACAACCAGUUAGUGGAAUGCGAUAAAACAGAGACAAUUAUUGAAGCAUGGAAAAGUCAAUAUCCAAGAGGAAGGUUCAAUAAUGGAAACUAUGUGAAGAGGAUUAGACAAUCAGAUGUGGCGGAUGACAUGUUCAAGCUUAAUUUCCUGACAUUAUUCAGAAACACUUUUGCAGAGACAGAGAUGAGUGGGGCAAGCCAUAUUAAUUGUCUGGAAAAAUUAGCAAGGUAUGAAGAUAUUCAAAAUAUCGAUAGGUGCAAGUAUAUAGUUGAAUGUUUGGAGAAGGCAAAAUACAAAUGGAGGCCGAAUGACGCAAACUGUUAUUACACAGGUCCAAUCACUUUGUUACUGACGGACAAAGUAGUUUUAAAUGGAUAUAAUCUUCGCAGAUCAAGGCCAUUGAUAACACAGAUUGACUCAGUUGAUUUGGAAAUGUUGGAGGAGCAUGGAUUGAGAAUGGGAAAAUUUGGAACAUUGGAGUUUCGUGGAGAUGGGGAAGUGGAUCUUGUUGAUGUAAAUGGUGAUGAGGAUAAGCUGGGGUGGAAUCAAUUGAAAUGCUAUAUUGUAGGAUCUGUGAUGAUAAGAAAAAAAACUGAGGAAGCAAUUAUGAAGGGGUUAGAAGAUGAUCCAAACGAUGAUGUGGUAAAAGAGUGGUCAAUAAAGGUGCGCCAACUUUUUAAUGAAAAGACGGUGGAACUUGGAGAUACUAGCUUACCCACAAAUGAAGUGGCAAUGAAAACGCCUGGUAAAGUUGCAGUCAAUUCUAAGCAAAAUAAUUUUGUGAAAGGAAGUAGUAUGAUAUGCCAAGUUCAGUCUACUGGAAGGAAUAACGAGAAGACAAAGGUUGUCGAUGGGUUCAAUUCACCUUUCGUACUCUUUCUGGAAUAUAAAGGAAAUACAUCAUUGGAUAGUCCAGUAGUUUUGACACCUGGUCUUUUAAAUAUGUCUGAUGAAAUUGUGGAAAGGAGCAUAAGAAAGAAAAAGGAAUUUUACAAAGAUGACAUACCGUCAUUCGAUUUGAGAAUAACACAAUUGAAUGAGAAAGAGAAAAAUGAAUUUGAUAAAGAAGAAAGCAAGGCAGUAAUUAGAUAUACAAAAAAAUUUGUAACGGAAGACAAACCGAAGAAAAUAACUAUAAAAGAUAGUAUGGAAAGUGAAAUGGUGCAUGCUAUUGAUUUUAAAAAUGGGAAAGACGUGGAUGAGGUGGUUAAAGAUGAUGAAAACGUUGUGGCUGAAAUCAUAAUAGCAUGGGGGAAAGAUAAUGGGGAAAUUAUAUGGGAGACUAUUGAACGUCAUGGAAUGCAUUUGGAAGCUGCACGUACGUUAGCUAUGAGAACAAAAGUGCAUACCAAUACAUAUUACAUGGUUAAUGAAGAUGUAGAGGAGGAGUUGAGGUACAAUAAAGUCAGAAUUAUGUUUGUAGGUAUGAUUAAUGACAUAUCGGACAAUCCAUAA